AUGGGUAAGAGCAGCAGACGUGCUCGAAGGAAGGAGCAGAUCUAUGGCUGCUUUGGCGGCAGCAGCAGCAGCGAUGAGGGUACUGGUGCUGGUGCUGCUGCUGUAGGACGCAACAGCAAGAGGCGUCGUCGCCGCAGCAGCAGCAACAGCAACAGCAGCAGCGAUGGAGACACAGGCCCUAUACAAUUUGUAAGAGGGGGUGUGUUGCAGCCAGAGGAUCCUAAUGAGGACAAGCAGAAGAAAAAGAGCAGCAGCAGCAGCAGCAGCAGCAGCAGCAAGAAAACAAGCAGCAGCAGCAGCAGCAAGCAGCGGGAUUCAGCCCCCCAGCCAUUUGCCUUUGAUAAGAGUCAGCUAAAGCUGUCUAUUAAGAAGCCUAGAUCAGAGGAGCAGCAGCAGCAGCAGCAGCAGCAGCAGCAGCAGCAGCAGCAAUUGAGCAGCAAAGAUGCACAUGUGCUGCAGCAGCUAGGUCUUGAUUAUUCAGAGAGUGAAGAUGAGACUAGCAGCAGCAGCAGCAAGCAGCAGCAGCAGCAGCAGCAGCAGCAGCAGCAAACAUCAUCAGCAUCAGGAGAUACAAUUGGUGGAUCAGGAGAAGACCAAUCUGACAGCAGCAGCAGGAGCAGCAGCAGGAGGAGCAGCAGGAGCAGCAACAGGAGCAGGAGUAGCAGCAGGAGUAGCAGCAGGAGCAGCAACAGCAGCAGGAGGAGUCGUGACAUAUCCCCUGAGUUUGUAUUUAAGCCACCAAAGCCCCCCAAGCAGCAGCAGCAGCAGCAGCAGCAGGAGCAGCAGCAGGAGCAGCAGCAGGGGAAUAAUAAGGAGAAGUAUAAUGAUGAAGGAAAUAAGAAGAAGCAACAGCAGCAAGAGGAGAGUUGGGGUGCAUGCAAACUGCAGCAAGUAUACGGCAAGGGCUUCCUGCUGCUGCAGCAAAUGGGGUUUACUGGUGGGGGUCUAGGCAGGGAGGGGAAGGGUUUAUUAACACCAAUUAGGGUUUAUAUAAGAAAAAAAAAUAAGGCACUACAGGAUACAAUUGGUGAGCAGCAGCAGCAGCAGCAGCAGCAGCAAAUAUUACAACAAUUAUUACCAAGAAGUGCUACUAUAUUCAAUGAUGAGGGUGCAGCAGGUAAGGAUAUAUUUCGUUGGCGUUCUGCUGCUGGUGCAGCAGCAGCAGCAGCAGCAGAGAGAGGAGAGGACGGAGGGGUAGAGAGAAUAGAGGGAAUAUCUAAGGAAUGGAGAAAAGGGAGAAGAAGAAGACAAAGAGUAGUAAAGACAGCAGCACAAAUAGCAGCAGAAGCAAGGAUGCUGCAGCAGCAGCAGCAGCAGCAACAGCAACAGCAGCAGCAGCAGCAGCAGCUUAGAGUUAUUGAUAUGACGGGACCACAAGUUCGCCUACUAGAGAAUGCAGCAGAAGUAGGGGAGGUGCUGCGGCAGCAGCAGCAGCAGCAAUUGCUGCAGGAGGAAGCAUUAAGACUUAAUGGCAGCAGCAGCAGCAGCAGCAGCAGCAGCAGCAGUAGCGAUAUACCGCUGCAUCUGCUGCAGCAAGCGCUGCGGCAGCAAAUUAGACGAGUAGAGAGAGAGCUGCAGCAAGUUGCUGCUAAUAAACAUCAGCAGGAGCAGCAGCUGCUGGAUGCAGCAGCACAAGAUGAGCAGCAGCAGCAGCAGCAGCAGCAGAAACAUCUUGAGGCAGAGAAUACACAGCAACUUGCUGCUGCAGUUAGGUCCAUGUACACCCGAAUCAAGCAGCGCAGCAGCACGCAGCAGCAGCAGCAGCAGCAGCAGCAAACUUCGGAUCGUUGGAGUGAUGAUGAGUCUCAAGAAUCUACAAACAGCAGCAGCAAGAACAGCAACAGCAGCAGCAGCAACGGCAGCAGCAGCAGCAACAGCAGCAGCAGCAGCAGCAGCAGCAGCAGCAGCAGCAAGGAGCCUGUAUAUGGGCACCUAACAGGUAAUAUAACACCAAGUAUAUUAUUAGAGGAAGUAAAGAGGUGGCUAUACACCUGGAGGGAAGCAUUCUUUGAGUUGCAUGCAGCUGCUGCUGCUGCUGCGCUGCUGCGGCUGCUGCUGCAGCGGCUAUGUAGGGCAUGGAGCCCAUUAGCAGCAGCAGCACCAAAUCUUGCUGCUGCUGUUGCUGAUUGGUUUAGUUUGUAUACAAAGUUGCAUCUAGAUGAGGAGGAUAUAUGGGUACAGAAGCUGCAGCAGCAGCAGCAGCAGCAGCAGCAGCAUUUGCUGCUGCUAGAUGAGAAGAAGCAGCAGCAGCAGAAGCUGCAGCAUCUAGUUGCUGGUAGGACUUAUGAUUUGCUGCAGCAGGGAGUAGAGGAGACAAUUGGUGCACAUAUAAGGAGGGAGCUACUUAAUACAUGGGAGCCUACUGCUGCUGCUGCUGCUGCUGCUGCUGCUGCACUACUAGAGAAUUGGCUACCUGCACUACCAGCUAAGGCAGGGCUGCAGCAACUGCAGCAACCUGCACUGCAGCAGCUGCGUCGUGCAUUAGAUUCAUGGAGCCCUGCAUCCAGCAGCAGCAGCAGCAGCAAGAGCAGCAACAGCAGCAACGGCAGCAGCAGCAACAAGGUGACACCGCUGCACCAAUGGUUGUUACCCUUUGUGUCCUUGCUGCCUCGUGGGUUAGUAGAGGUAGAGUUGCUGCUGCCGCUGCAGCAGAAGCUGCUGCAUGCAGUGUCUGUACACUGGACAGCAGCAGACAGGAGUUGUGUGUCUUUGCUGCUGCCUUGGCGUCGUGUAUUCAGCAGCAGCUUAUGGUUAGAUCUGCUGCAGCGGGGGAUAGUGCCGCAGCUGCUGCAGCGGCUGCAGCAGCUAGAGAUUAAGCCCCAACAGCCCUUAGUCCAACAGCAGCAGCAGCAGAAACAGCAGCAGCAGCAGCAGCAGCAGCAGCAGCAGCAGGAUAUAACUCCCUUUAUAGAUGUAUUAAUAUGGGAGUCUUUGCUGCCUGUAGAUCUAAUGGCACGUUUGCUGCAUAGCGGCUUCUUCCCUCAGCUGCUGCAGGUGCUGCGUCUAUGGCUUGCUGCUGCUGCACCUGCUGCAGCAGGAGCAGCAGGAGCACCAGGAGGUGCAGCAAAUGCAGCAGAAAUACGCUCCUGGCUAGCCUCAUGGAAGGCGCUGCUGCCACCCCCGCUGCUGCAGCACCCCCUAAUAGAGUCUAACCUUAAGGAGGCCCUUAAGUUAAUUGCUGCUGGUCCUGCUGCUGCUGCUGCACAACUGCAGCAGCAGCAGCAGCAGCAGCAGCAACAGCAACAAGAUAAGCAUCAUGGCAUAGCAUUUGGUUCAUCAGCAGCAGCAGCAGCAGCAGCAUGGGAGCAGCAGCAACAACAUGUACAUAUGUUAAUAGAUCCUCCUCCUGCUCCUUCUGCUGCUCCUCCUCCAACACCUGAGCAACAAGGAGAGCAACAAGAAGGACAGGUGUCAAGAGGGGUGAAUUAG